AAUUGAAAAAAUCUUUUCUCAUUGCAACAAAACAUAACAAAAAAAGGCUUCCAGUAAACAAAACGAUGAAAUUUAAGUGAGAAAAGCAAGAGAAAAAAAAAGAAGAAAAACUUAACAUUAAGUUGAUGAAAAGUAUGUCUUAUUAAAGCACAGAAAACAAGACUUAAAAAAGGGAAAGAGAGAAAAGGAAGUGAAAUUGUUUUUACAACAAUAAUAAAAAUAUUGAGAAGACAGAAGAGAGGAAAGGAGAGCAGAAGCUGAGAAAAGCAUAUUGUGUUGAAUAAGUUUAUUGAUGCAGGAAGAAAGACAGAAAAAAAAACAAUAAAAUGAAGUGCUAUAAAUGUCAUAUCUUAAUGCCAACAACUUGGCGUUGUUGUAGCUGUUUAAAAACACCAACAACAACAGUAACUACGACAGCUACAAAAACAACAACUAGAACACUAACAUUAACACCUACAGCCAGCUCUAGCUUUCAACGUAUUUUAAUGUUACUUUUAUUUCUGCUGUUGCCAACACAAAAUGCAUUAGCUCGCCUUCAUUCCUCCUCAGCAUCAUUACAUGGCCUGGGCUCGCCCGGCGCUGGCAGUAUUGUUGGCGGCGGUGGCAUUGGUGGUGGUGGUUCCGGUAUGGGUGGUUCAUUAUCCUCUAAAGAUGCACACGUAAAAACAAAAGAUAUUGAAGCUGUAGAGGGUAAAUCAGUGUCAUUACCAUGCCCCAUAUCGGCACCAUUGGAUGAUGUUUAUAUGGUCUUAUGGUUUCGUGAUAAUGCCGGUAUACCAUUAUACAGCUUUGAUGUACGAGAUAAAAUGAACAGUGACCAGGCACGGCAUUGGUCAGCGCCAGAAGUGUUUGGUUCACGUGCCAAAUUUCAUUUUGACUCUCAGCCAGCAACAUUGGAAAUUAAGGAUAUCAAACGUCAUGAUCAAGGCAUCUAUCGUUGUCGCAUCGACUUUCGUACAAGUCAAACACAAAGCUUCCGUUUCAAUUUAUCAGUCAUAAUUCUUCCAGAACAACCCAUUAUAUUAGAUCGAUGGGGUCGUCAACUAAAUGGUACAAAAUUAGGGCCAAAACAGGAAGGUGAUGAUAUUGUUAUUACCUGUCGUGUGGUGGGAGGACGCCCCCAGCCACAAGUGCGAUGGCUCGUAAAUGGUCUACUGGUCGACAACCAAUAUGAACACAAUUCCGGUGAUGUUAUCGAGAAUCGUUUACUCUGGCCAUCAGUUCAACGUACUGAUUUAAAUUCUGUAUUCACAUGCCAGGCAUUGAAUACGCAAUUAGAUAAACCCAAGGAAAAAAGUUUCAUCUUGGAUAUGCAUUUAAAACCGCUUGAAGUGAAAAUAAUUGACCCGCCUAACUCGAUGGUGGCUGAUAGACGAUAUGAAGUUACAUGUGAAUCAACCGGUUCUAGACCAAAUGCCAUUAUAACCUGGUAUAAAGGAAAAAGGCAAUUACGACGAACGAAGGAUGACAUUUCCAGCAAUACAACACGUUCAGAAUUGAGUUUUGUGCCAACAACAGAUGAUGAUGGUAAAUCGAUAACAUGUCGAGCAGAAAACCCAAAUGUCAAUGGUUUAUAUUUAGAAACCAUGUGGAAAUUGAAUGUAGUAUAUCCACCUUUAGUCACUUUACGCUUGGGCUCAACACUUUCACCCGAUGAUAUUAAAGAAGGUGAUGAUGUCUAUUUUGAGUGUCACGUACAAUCGAAUCCUCAAUGGCGUAAACUUUUAUGGCUGCAUAAUGGUAUUCACCUGGAGCAUAACACAUCAGCGCGUGUAAUACGUUCUAAUCAGAGUUUGGUGUUGCAAAAAAUAACGAAACACUAUGCAGGAAAUUAUGCAUGUAGCGCCAUAAAUGAUGAAGGAGAAACUGUCAGCAACCAACUGCCGUUACGUGUUAAAUACACACCAAUUUGCAAACAUUUAGAUCGUGUCAUCUUAAUUGGUGCCUCAAAGGAUGAAACUGUCGAAGUUGCGUGUGAAAUACAAGCGGAUCCACCACCCAGAACUUUUCGCUGGAAAUUCAAUAAUUCUGGUGAAACUCUUGAUGUGGGCAGCGAACGUUUCAGUGUGAAUGGUAGUCGUAGCAUUUUGAAGUAUACACCCGUAACAGAUCAAGACUAUGGUACUCUAUCAUGCUGGGCUUCGAAUGAAGUGGGCACUCAAAAUCAACCUUGUCUAUUUCAAGUUGUUUUGGCCGCUCUACCUAACACUGUUAGUAAUUGUACAAUUUUCAAUCGCACCGAGUUGAGUGUUGACAUCCAAUGCAUACCCGGCUAUGAUGGUGGUCUUCCACAAAUAUUUGUUUUGGAAAUUUUCUCAACACGCACCGGAAUCACAAGAUUCAACGUUACAAAUCCCGAGGAGCCACAAUUUUCUUUAGAAAAUUUGGAUUCAUUGACUUCACUAAUGACACAAGAAAAUAAUUCAUUAAAAUUGCGCAUCUAUGCCUUCAAUCAAAAAGGACGUAGUCCUGCUUAUCCACUCACAGAUUUCAUUAUUGGUUCAACGGCUUUUAAAAAUGAUGAUGAUGUAUCCUUGACGUUGUCACCCGUUAUCGUGGGGAGUGUCCUUACAAUUGUUAUUAUUAGUUUGGCUAUAGCUUUGAAAAUAUUCAUGAUGACAUUUUUACACAAUUUACGUCGCAAUCGUCAGCAUGGUACAAAAGCAACAGCCACAGCUGUUGUGGCCCAAACGGGUGAUGUAUACAAGGGCGGCAUUGAGAAACCACGUUGGCAACAUACUGAUAUUAAAUCAAAAUCCUCCGAAGAUCUUGUAGAAGAUGAACGUGACCCAGAUGUUAUACCAUCACAAUACGUUGGUAGUGUUGGAAGCGGCAGUUCGACCAGUUCAGCUAAUGCCAGUAUUGGUGGCGUUAGUGGCAGCGGUGGCGGCGUCGGUGUAGGUGUUGGAAAUGGCAUUCCAAAUGCUGCUACAAAUGGCAGUGUUAGCCAUCACUUUACAUCAACAUCGAAAUGGUCACCGAGUACGAAUCAACAUACCAAAAGUUACGAAACAAACAUGAUGCAGCAGAAUCCAGCGGGAGGUGGCAACAAUGGUGGCAAUGAGACUGCAGUUAGUAUACCCAUGCAGUUUAAUCAAAUCAACGCACGCACACAUCUUUUGGCAUCCGCCUCAAUGUUGUCACCCACAGCAACAACAUCAGCAUCGGCAGCUACAACAUCCGGUACAGCAUUGUUACAUGCAACAACAAUAACUAGAACAGGAGCUUCAGGCACUGUACAGGGUAGCGGAGGCGGUGGUUUAAUGCACGAUGUGGGCAACAUAAUAGGUUCACCUACAUCUUUAGCUUCAACAUCAACUAUAGCGGCCACCACUCACUUGCAGCAACAACUGCACUCCAGCGGUGUGGGCACACUACCACCCGGUCUUGGGACGGGUGGCGGCUACAUAUUAAAUAGUCUCAUUAACAGCAGCAGUGGCACAGCCAUGUCAAGUUUACAUCAUACCUCAGCCACCUGCUCACCCUCCGCUGCGGCGUCGUCAAAUGCAAAUGCCAGCAAUGUGGUGGGUGGCAUGGUGGGCGGCAGCAUAGGUCGUGUUAACCUUCAUCAUAGUACACUGCAUCAUCACAAUACGUUGGGUGGUCGUGGCAAUCACGGCCAUUAUACGGGUCAUCCUUCGCCCUCAACCAUGAUGUUAACAUCGCAAACAACUUCAGCUCUAAGUGGUAGUGGCAGUACACCGGGUUCUACAACUGGUGUUGGCCUACUUUUGGGUUCACAUUCACUGCCAUCGGCAGCACCAUCGACAACAACAACAUCGUGUAAUUCAUCCACUGACCUGGACGAUAACAUUAACAUCAUGGCCAUUAAGGAUUGUUUAAUGACACAGCGUGUGCCCGAAAGUUGUGUCUGAGUUGUUCCACAUUGUAAUUUUAAAUUUAUUUUUACCAGCAGCAUCUGUAGUAAAACUGACAUUGCUGCUGCAACAUACGCAGUGGCAGCAAUAGUAGUUUCAUUUUUAGGCGCUUAAGUAAAAUAUUGUGUGCAGAACAUGAACAGAAACAAAGCAAAAAAAAAAACAAAAA